CAAAAACAAAAAAUUAAAAAAAAAAUAAAACUAAAAUUUAAAUUAGAUGAGUAAACUUGAAAAAAAUGGCUAAUUAAAAUUAAAAUUAAAUAAUGUAAAUAAUAAAAGUUAGAAACUAAAUUACGUGAAAAAAUUGAAAAAACAAAAUUAAGUUGGUAUAUACCUAUGAAAUGAGAUUUUUUUUUCAAUUUCAUACGCUUAUUAACAAAAAAUGGUUACAAAUUUAAUCUUCAAAGUAAUAGCCAUCGUUGGCGAUACAUUUUCCCAUCUCUCAGGCAAUUUGUGGAUGCCGCGCCAAAAAAAUUGGCCAUCUUUGGCCGCAAACCAAUCAUCGAGCCAUUUUUUGGCUUCUUCGUCAGAAUUGAAGAGCUGCUCGGAAAGUGCGUAGCCCAUCGAUGCAAACAAAUGAUAAUCGGAAAGCUGGUGAGUAAGCCGUAUGCACUAGCGGUUCCCAAUCGUACGUCUCCACCGAUUCCCGGGUCGCUCUUGUUCGAUGUGGCGGAAAAAGAAAAAUUACUUUGUGACGCCGAUCGGCAUAUUCUGGGCGUUUUCGGUAUAUACCGCUACUCAAAUCGGGCAAUUGUCGUUGGUAGCGUGCACCGUCUACUGUUUCACCUGGUUUUAAUAGCUCGUACCAAAUCAUACUACGCUGAUCCCAGAAAACACACAGCAUUUCCUUGUGGCCGAAGCGAUUCGGUUUGUCCGUUGUUUUUGGCUUGUGGCCGGUCGGACCAUACGAUCGUUUACGCUUGGGAUUGAAGAAAUACACCCACUUUUCAUCACCCGUAACGAUUCGAUGCAAAAACGAUUUCCUUUUGAACCGGGAGAGCAGCAUUUCACAAGUGGUUUUUCAGUUCUCUUGCUGCCUUUCAGUCAGUUCAUGCGGCACCCAACUUCCGACCUUUAAAAUCAUGUCCAUGCCUUUGAAACGGUUGAAAAUGGUUUUUUGGGUCACUCCCAACUGCUCUGCCAUAAUUUCUUGCGUUUGACCAUCAUCUUCAUCCAACAAUGCUUGCAAUUUGGCGUCCUCAAACUUUUUCGGUGGCCGGCCACGGUCCUCGUUCUCCACGCUAAAAUCACGACUUCGGAAUUUUUCAAACCACCUGAAGCACUGUGCUCUACUUAUGUUAUGUCCACCAUAAGCUUCUAUAAGCAUUUGAUGAGCUUGAGAAGCGUUUUCCUUCAAUUGAUAACAUCAACGAUGUCCGCAAAUCGUAGUUUGAAGGCACGAAAUUCGACCUUUCGUUGAGCCGAAGGUCCUGGCCAGUACUCCUUUUCUAACACACUUUUAUUAGGUCGGGUUGUAUGUAUGUAUGUAUGUAUGUAUGUAUGCAUGUAACGGAAUCUCUGAGCUUAAUUUUCUCUGGUUUCUAAAAAUCUGAUCGACUUGAAAUUUCGCAUACCUAUCAAGGACCGAUGGCAAUGCAAUAAUUUGAUAAAAGUUUUCCAUAAUCCUUCUUAGGAUUGCCAGGAUUAAUAUUUUUUUUUUUUACUGUGGGCAAAAAGUAAGGUAAAUUUCGUUGUAAAAUGAAAAAUCUUUAUUUAUUCUUGUAAAUCAGUUUCUCAGGCUCCCUCCACAACAUAAGUUCUUCAUCUCUAAUUUGAAUUACUCUAUUUGUAUCUUAAUUUUUGUUAUAAUUCUAUUCUGAGGUAGUUCACUAUGACUGAUCGUUCGAUUUGCUAUUACUUCAUUGUUGGAUCACCCUUUAUGCUUAAAUAACUUACACCUAAUUAACACUCAAUAUGUACAAAUAAACAUCCACUCAUUGUAAAUUUGCAUACGUACACACACACACACACACAUAGUCAAUAUUACUUAUUAUUGCUCUCUAAUUCUCUUUUAGUCUGAUAAAUCUUUCGCUUGUAAAUAAUUAGCAUGAAUUUCAAUAAAGGAGUCUGGUCUUAUCGCUCACAUCAAGCAGUUCACUACAGUCUUUUUGGUUCGCAAGUGAUUUCGCAAGUUUUUGCAUAGACACAUACAUUUUGGAUUUCGUUACUCUUUUUGUUUUUCACUGCGCAAGAUAUACACCCCCAAUUUUCUCGGUUUUUUCGUCAUCCAAGAAAAAGGCUUCUUGGAACAAACAUUUUGGCGCCCAACGUGGGGCACGUGUAUAUACUGCAUAAAGUGAAUUGCUUUAUUCUUCAUCAUCUAACGGCUGGAGCAAUAACAGCAUUCAACCAAUCCGCUAGAGCAACAACAACAAUCAACUAAUUCGCGUUGUUGAUGCAUUGUAACCUCUUGUUAGCAGUUAAUUCCUAUAGUGGAUUUUUUCUGUUCUGCAUAUUUUUGGCAAGCACACAAUACAUUUCGUCACUCCAAAGGGUCGAAUUCACCGUUCGUUGGAGACGUAUACCCCUGCGCUGCUAAAGAAGCCGUUAACAUCGCAUCGCUCUGCCAUCACUACUUUCGCUGCUCUCGCACAUUGAAGCUGCGUUGUUUGUGCAUUUCUUCGUAUUUUGUUUUGCUGUCGCUUGCUCCAACAUUUGACCGCCAGCACAGCAGUCAGUUACCCAGCAGGAAUAUUUUCGCAACAUCACAUCGUGUUUAGCAACCAUGUCUCUUGAAGAAGGCAAGCGUAAGCGCUCCAACAUAAAGCGCAACAUUUCGCGUAUUAAAUCGAUCGUCGAAGCGGCAAGGGAGUCAGAUGAUAAACUUACCAAUGCUGAGCUUCAGUGUCGACUAGGAAUACUGGAAUCUUACUUCAAGCAGGCCUUAUCCGUCCAAGCUGACAUUGAGGAUUUAGAUCCACUUGACAACGGCCGCAGAUCUGGAAGAUAGCUACGUAGCAGUUAAGCUGAAUAUCCAAGCGCAACUUGGAGAAGAUGCUAACAGUACAGUGCACUUUCCCGAAACGUCAACAGCAGCAGUUGUUAAGCCCUCGUCGCAUCUGCCAAGACUAACAUUGCCAACAUUUAGCGGCGAUUAUGCAGACUACAAGAAUUUUAUUACUUCAUUCACCCAGAUCAUUGCUCGUGAACCAAGGCUGUCGAACAUCGAAAAAUUUAAUUACCUGUUGACUUGUUUAAAGGGUCCCGCGCUAGAAACGGUUCAUGCAUUCCAAGUCACUAGCGAAAACUAUCCGAAGGCUUUGGAUAGGCUCAAGCAACGGUUCGACAACCCAACGUUAAUCUUUUUGGAAGGUAUUGCCUCACUGUUUUCAUUACCGGCACUGGAAAGGUCGAACGCUCAACAGCUGCGCAGUUUAAUAGACAAGGCAUCGGCAAUUUUUAGCUCCUUGGGGUCAGUAGGAACGUUUGCAAACAUCGCACAUGCAUUGCUAAUUAACAUUGUGAUGGGCAAGUGUGAUCAGCAAACCAGGAGGAAAUGGAACGAGUCUCUGGACUACAAGUCGCUUCCAACUUGGUCACAGUGCACUCAAGUCGUGGAACGACAUUGUCAGUUCUUGCACUCAUGCGAGGCAUCGUCACAACGAAAACCCGAGUCUGGCAAGCAAAAUCGCGCAAGCAAUCGCAUGCAAAAUUCGUCAUUUGCUAUCACUAACUCUAAUUGUGUUCUUUGUUCCAGUUCCAACCAUAAACUCGCCAGUUGUUUGAGGUUUAAGGAGAUGAACACAAAUCAACGCUUUGAUCUCAUCAAGAAGCAUGAUCUAUGCAUCAACUGCUUAGGCAAUGGUCAUAGAAUGAUCCAAUGUCCAUCCAAGAAUCGCUGCCGCUGUUGCAAUCGAGCACACCACACGUUGUUGCAUCAUGAGAAUGCAUCUCAACCCACUCAAACAACUCCAGUGGCAGGUCCCGCAUUCCAGCCUUCGGGGUCUACUCGACCUACAUGGCAAACUUCAUCUCAAGAAUCGACAGCAACCCACUCGCACAUGGGUGCAUCGGAAGGUGGGCAGGUGAUUCUUGCAACGGCUAUGAUCCUGGUCAAGGACGCUACGGGUACGUAUAAGUUGGGCAGAUCCCUCCUAGAUUCAUGCUCUCAACUCAAUUUCAUCACUGAGGAUUUCGCGCAAAAACUACGCCUUCGAGGUGAGAAACAUGAUGUGGGCGUUCGAAGCAUUGGAGACUCGCUAACCAGUCUUAAGGCGCGUAUGACCACGACCAUCAAAUCGCGCACUUCAGCCUUUCAACUGUCACUUCAAUUCGGAAUCACCUCGCACAUAGCAUACCAGCCAGAUGCCGAGAUCGACACGUCCGGUUGGGGCUUGCCAGCCAAUACCAAAUUAGCAGACGAGAUGUUUUUUAAGCCCCGGCGCAUAGACCUGUUGAUAGGAAUAGAGGCCUUCUUUGAUGCUCUUGCUGUUGGCCAAAUUCGACUGGGUCCAAAUUUACCGACGCUUCAGAAGACAUUGUUUGGUUGGGUCGUCUCUGGUAGGUUUCGAGGUGACUAUAACGUGACGUCAUCAUCUUGUCUGCUGUCAAAUGAAACCUCAAUCGACGAGAAUUUGCAACGCCUAUGGCAACUGGAAGCCAUCGACACGUCACCAAAACCAACUCAGCCAGACCAUCGAAUUUGUGAAGAGCAUUUCACAAAAACAACUCAUCAAGACCACACUGGUCGAAUUACUGUAAAUCUGCCAUUUAAAGCCAACCCAAUUUGUCUCGGAGAUUCCUUCGAUAUCGCUCGUCGGCGAUUCCUUGCGCUUGAGAGACGUCUUCUACGUUCGUCCGAAAUCCGUCCGCAGUACAUUGCCUUCAUGGAAGAGUACGAAAGUCUUGGCCACAUGUCAGUAGUAGCACACCCCAACUUGAAAGAGCCACACUACUAUAUGCCACAUCACUGCGUGCUUAAACCUAGCAGCACGUCAACCAAAUUGCGAGUAGUGUUUGAUGCCUCGUGCCGCACCUCAACACAAACAUCAUUGAACGAUCAUUUGUUAGUGGGGCCCACAAUUCAACAAGAUUUAUACAUGCUUCUAUUACGUUUUCGUCUGUGUCGUUUCGCCAUCACCGCAGAUAUCACUAAAAUGUACAGGCAAGUACUCGUAGAAAAUAAUUGUCGACAAUUUCAAUACAUACUUUGGCGAGCUUCCCCAGACUCAGAUCUCCGCACGUACCAGCUCAACACUGUAACAUACGGAACAGCUUCGGCCCCAUACCUUGCGGUACGCAGCCUACACUACCUGGCAGACCAACAUAUGGCAGAGUUUCCGAUCGGCGCUUCAGCAAUAAAAUCAUCCUUUUAUGUCGACGACAUGUUAUGUGGUGCCGACGAUAUAACCACGUUACACACACUCAGGCAUGAAGUUGUUGAAGUACUCCGUCGUGGACAGUUUCCAAUAUCGAAAUGGCACUCAAAUCACCCAGACUUCAAGGAAGGUCAAGCAACAAAGGAGCUUCAUAUCAACGACGAUUUUGUGACCAGUGCGUUAGGAGUAACAUGGCAUCAACGAAGCGACGUAUUUUCGUUCGGCUUUAACCCGAAACAGCAAUACAAUUCGGUUACAAAGCGGACAAUAUUGUCUAUUGCCUCAUCGCUGUUUGAUCCACUUGGCUUGUUGUCACCAUUGAUAAUCACUGCCAAGAUUAUCCUCCAAGAGCUAUGGUUAUUGAAGCUCGAUUGGGACGAGUCUGUACCUCAGCACCUACAACAAGCUUGGACAAACUGCUUAGCAUCAUUAAACUCGAUUUCGUCACUCAUCGUGCCUCGUUAUUGCUUGCAACCAACCGUACGGAACAUACAAAUACACGGGUUUUGCGACGCAUCAAUUCGAGCAUACGGUUGCUCUGUAUACAUACGUACGGAAGACUUGGAUGGACAUGUUGAAGUUCAGUUAUUUACAUCAAGGUCAAGAGUCGCUCCAGUCAAAAGGCAGUCGCUUCCCAAACUUGAACUUUGUAGUGCGCACCUUCUUGCAUCUCUCUACGCAAAAAUAAAAGAUGUUUUUACUGAUCAACCUCUAAGCAGUUACUUUUGGACCGAUUCACAACUAGUACUGCAUUGGCUUCAACAACAUUCAAUAACGCUUUCAACUUUUGUAGGGAACAGAGUAUCGGAUAUACAAGAGUUGACUGUAGGUGGACACUGGAGAUACGUACUAACGCGCGAGAAUCCUACGGAUCUUGUAUCUCGAGGCUGCCCUACUGCAGAACUUAAACAAUCGAAUUGGUUUCCCGGUCCAGCUUUUUUGUUUCAAGAUCAGACUAAAUGGCCAAAUCAAAAACCACCAGUUGACCUCGACGGAGACGUCAUCAAUUCGGAAAAACGCAAAACGACACUUACUACAAUGAUGGAGACAAACUACAUUCUCAACAUCAUCAAUGGCAUUAGCUCGUACCCCCAUUGCUUACGUCUAGUCGCCUGGUUAUUUCGGUUUUUUGAUUCGUCCAGAAAGAAAUCAAGGUUCACUACCGCUUCACCAUCGCCUGACGAAUUGCGACGCGCUUCACAUUGCUUAAUAUGGAACGUUCAACAGCAUCACUUCUCUGUCGACUUUCAGUUACUAAAGAAAAAUCGAUCAUUAAAAAGUAAUUUAAAAUUUUUGACUCCAUUUAUAGACACUUCGACUGGAUACGAGCUUAUCAAGGUUGGUGGCCGUCUGGACUACACCGAAUUACCAGACAGCCAAAAACACCCAUUGCUGUUGCCCAGUAAUUCACAAUUUAUUUUGACGUAUGUACGCCAUUUACAUCUUCGCAAUUACCAUGCAGGCCCAAAAGCCUUAGUCGCCUUGAUCCGCCUUGAAUAUUGGAUUGUCAACGCCAGAGAUUUGGCCCGUCGCGUCGUUCGUUCGUGUGUGCAUUGCGUUCGAUACAAGCCCACCUUGCUGCAGCAAGUAAUGGGACCCCUACCAAGAGAGCGUGUCCAACCAACACGUCCAUUUGAACGCUUGCGGAAUCGACUUUUGCGGACCAAUAAGCACUUACCUGCGAGUCCGAGGAAAGACACCUACCAAAUCAUACUUGGCGAUAUUAGUUUGUCUUGUCACUAAGGCGGUUCAUAUUGAGGUGGUCUCGGACUUGUCUACGAAAGCAUUCCUGAACGCUCUAAAACGUAUGGGUGGUCGGCGAAAGAUGCCGUGCCACAUUUUCUGCGACAACGCCACGAAUUUUGUAGGAGCAUCCAACCAUUUGCAAGAGGUCAAACAAUUUUUGUUCAAGCACGAAACCCAGAACGAAAUUAACAAAUAUUGCUCUUCCGAUUUUAUUAAUUUCCAUUUUAUCCCACCUAGGGCACCCCAUUUUGGCGGCCUCUGGGAAGCAGCAGUUAAAAGCGCAAAGGGACUGUUCUAUCGCACAUUCGCUAAUACAAGAUUAACAUAUGAAGAACUGAGCACUGUAGCUGUGGAAAUAGAGGCCAUACUAAACUCGCGUCCGCUCUCACCGCUAUCAUCAGAUCCCAAUGACUUUGAAGCACUCACUGCUGGACAUUUUUUGGUCGGGUCAUCGCUACGUGCCCUACCCGAAAGCUCACUCGAAGAGAGAAAUAUCUCGAAUUUGGAUCGAUACGAUAUGAUUACGGCCAUCAAGCAACGCUUUUGGCGCCGCUGGUUUUCAGACUAUGUCAAUGAACUACGCUCACGAGUCAAGUGGACGACACCUACACCCACUCUUGCAAAAGGUACGCUAGUGAUCAUCCACGACGAUAACCUCCCACCACAACGCUGGAAGCUUGGUCGCGUUGAGUCGACCGUACGUGGACGAGAUGGUCACGUUCGAGUUGUGCGCCUCCGCACUACUAAUGGGAGCUGUUACCGGCCUGUUCACAAACUUGCCAUCCUGCCAGUGUCUUGAAAGUGCAUCCUUUCAACGGGGCCGGGAUGUUGGAUCACCCUUUAUGCUUAAAUAACUUACACCUAAUUAACACUCAAUAUGUACAAAUAAACAUCCACUCAUUGUAAAUUUGCAUACGUACACACACACACACUCACAUAGUCAAUAUUACUUAUUUUGCUCUCUAAUUCUCUUUUAGUCUGAUAAAUCUUUCGCUUGUAAAUAAUUAGCAUGCAUUUCAAUAAAGGAGUCUGGUCUUAUCGCUCACAUCAAGCAGUUCACUACAGUCUUUUUGGUUCGCAAGUGAUUUCGCAAGUUUUUGCAUAGACACAUACAUUUUGGAUUUCGUUACUCUUUUUGUUUUUCACUGCGCAAGAUAUACACCCCCAAUUUUCUCGGUUUUUUCGUCAUCCAAGCAAAAGGCUUCAUUAUAGGUCCCUUUGUCAUUAAAAUUUAUUUUCUACUUUUUAGUUCGAUUUGCAAUAAAAGCGUGUUUUUUAGUUUUUUUAAACUAUUUUUUAUUUACGUGUAAGAAUAAUUGUAUUAUUAUUCCACGUCUGUAAAUAAAUAAAUAAAAAUACUCCUAACGACAUCUAUGGGCAAACAGCUGAAAGUCUCAUUUCAUAGGUAUCUACCGUAAACGUAAAAUUAAAAUUAAAUUUUAAAUUAAAUUAAACGAGAAAAGUUGAAAAAAAUUUAAUUACAAUUAAAAUUAAACAUACACUAAAAUAAUCUAUAUAUAUAAAAAGAAGUUACAUUUCCUUGGUAAUCUUAUAACUCAAGAGCCGCCGAACCGAUUGGCACACAAAUUUUAGAGUUCUUUUCUAUCUUUAAGGAGGUGGUUUGUGUGAAGUUUGGUUGAAAUCGGUGCAGCCGUUCCUGAGUUAUGACAUUUUAUGCUUAUGAGCGUUUCUGUUGUACUGUUGUGGUUGUAAGUGUAUUAUGUUAAUAUUAGUUUGCUGUCGUUGGAAUUCAGUUUUUGCAAAUAUAUUUUAUUGGUGAUGAGAAUCGUGAAUUAGAUCAGCGCUGUGCAAUUUCGACGAAUACGAGAAGAUCAAUCGUGAAUUAAUUGCAAAUAAUGUUCCAUCAACACAAUGAAUUGGUGAAAUUGUUCAAAGUGGCACUCGAUCUGAUGCCCACCGAUGGCCACAAAAUCAUAAUAAAAGCCGAUAAAACACCAAUUGGGGAGCACGCCAGACGAUUCAAUGUACCAACGAUUGAUGAAGUAGCCAUUGUUGUGGUUGGUGAACAGUUUCGGUCACGAGAUAUUGUUUUGUAUCGUAGAAAUGAGCAAUUACAACGUAUUUCAGAACUCCAUCGCUGUUAUGAUGCAUUGCAAUACCCCAUUUUGUUUUGGAGAGGGGACGAUGGCUAUCAAAUCAACAUACCAAUGAUAAAUCCAACAACUGGUCAAAAAUCAACGAAAACCGUCAGUGCGAUGAAUUUUUAUUCGUAUCGAUUGAUGAUUCGCCCUCAAGAAAACAAUUUUAUUUUGCGAU